AUUAAAAUAAAAUUGUAAUUUUCCAUUUUUUCUUUCUUCUCGUGUAGGCUUGCCGGGCUUGCCUUUAUGUUUUCAGCUAGCAUCUUGCUACAGAUCCUGGCUUGUGCAGUAUACAACAAUUGGUGGCCCAUGUUAUCAGCUCUCAUGUACGUGCUGGUGCCUAUGCCUUGCUUAUUUUUCGGAGGUGGUUCCACGCAGUUUCUGACAAGCAGAGAUGGUGGGGGUUGGAUAGAUGCUGCAAAAUUUUUGACUGGAGCUUCAGCUGUGGGGAGCUUAGCCAUUCCGAUUAUCCUAAGGCAUGCUCAUCUGAUUCAGACAGGAGCCAUGCUUAUCGAGUUCACAUCCUUCUUCAUAUUUGUUUGCACAGUCAUGUGUUUCCACCGCGCCAGCCUUGAAGAUGAUUGGUGAUAAACAUCAAACAUGCCAGUGAUCACUUGGACCAGUUAUGCUUUAACAAGUUUCAUGAUUAUGAUGCACAUACAUGGGCAAAGAUGUAAACUCGGUUGAAUAACUUGAAUGUAUAUCUCUAUUGGGCUGUUCAAUCAACUCUCGUUUUUGCUGUAUUACCCAGCAACUUUGGGUCCUUAACCUAAAAGUGAGAGUUGUUUGUGUUUGGUA